ACAGCGCGGCGUGCCAUGGCCACCAGCCUGCUCCGCGUGUGCCCUCCGGGGGAGCUGCUGCGGCCCCUGGCCGUGCCGGAGCGGCUGCUGCUCGGCCCGGGCCCCAGCAACGUGCCCCGCCGCAUCCGGGCUGCGGGGGCAGCCCAGCUCCUGGGCCACAUGCACCCCGAGGUGCUGCAGGUGAUGGAUGAGAUCAAGGCGGGCAUCCAGUACGCCUUCCAGACGCGCAACAGGCUGAGCCUGGCCCUCAGCGGCAGCGGCCACUGCGCCAUGGAGGCCGCCCUGCUCAACCUGCUGGAGCGAGGUGACACCGUGCUGGUGGCCAUCAAUGGCAUCUGGGGACAGCGUGCUGCCGAGAUCGCCAGGAGGCUGGGAGCCAAUGUGUGUGAGCUGCUGAAGCCCCCGGGCGAGUACUUCACUCCACAGGACAUUGAGCAGGGCCUGGUGCAGCACAAACCUUUGGUGCUCUUCAUCACCCACGGCGAGUCCUCCACUGGGGUGCUGCAGCCACUGGAGGGGCUGGGCGAGCUCUGCCACCGACACGGCUGCCUGCUGCUGGUGGACGCAGUGGCAUCGCUUGGGGGAGCCCCCAUCUUCAUGGACCAGCAGGAGAUCGAUGUCCUGUACUCGGGGUCCCAGAAGGUCCUGAACGCACCCCCUGGCAGUGCCCCCAUCUCCUUCAGUGAGAGAGCCAGGGAGAAGCUGCUGAGGAGGAAGACGAAGCCGCCAUCCUACUACCUGGACAUUAACUGCUUGGCGAACUACUGGGGCUGUGACGGGGAGCAGCGGAGGUACCACCACACAGCGCCCAUCAACAGCUUCUUCAGCCUGCGGGAGGGCCUGGCCCUGCUGGCAGAACGGGGUCUGGAGAGCUCCUGGGAGCGGCACCGGGCCAACUGCAGCCAGCUGUGCCAGGGGCUGCUCGACAUGGGGCUGGAGCUCUUUGUGGAGGAGGAGAAAGCCAGGCUGCCCACCAUCACCACCGUCAGGGUGCCCGAGGGCUACAGCUGGAAGGACAUCACGGCUUUCCUGAUGGACCAGCACGGCGUGGAGAUCGCCGGGGGCCUGGGCCCCACGGCGGGCAAGGUGCUGCGCAUCGGCCUCAUGGGCUGCAACUCAACCCGGGACAACGUGGAGCGAGUGCUGGGAGCCCUGCGGGACGCCCUGCAGCGCUGCCCCCGCAGCCGGCUGUGAGCCCCCGGGCACUGCCUGGCAUGCCUGGCACCAGAGGGACUCACUGCCUCCCUGGGAUGCUGCAGGAGCCACGUCCAGCAAGCCAAGGCGCUUGGAAAGGAGCUGGGAUAGCAGGGGCAUGGAGAGGAUGGCUGUGUGAGGCAUGGAUCAAAACCACUCAACCCAUCACCCCACAGUGGCCUGGCCCCAACAUGGUGACCCUCAGCAAGCUGGCAGGGGGCUGGAUCAGGGUCCGACCACAGGGUUCUUCCCCUCCCACCACCAACACCUCACCCUGCAGUGCAGAAUGGCAGCCAUCCCCUCCAGGUUCUGUACCAUGCAGUUCCCAGUGCCCAGCUCCACCAGGGGCUGUGUGUGCCCUCCCCAGCUCCACCAGGGGCUGUGUAUGGCCCCUGUGUAUGCCCCAGUGCCCAGCUCCACCAGGAGCUGUGUGUGCCCUCCCCAGCUCCACCAGGGGCACUGUGCCCCCUCCCCAGCUCCACCAGGGGCUGUGUGUGCCCCCUCCCCAGCUCCACCAGGUGUGCUCUCUCCCCUGUAGCACCUUUCCUCAAUAAAAUGACACAGCAGCA